UCACCCGCCAAAAAUUUGGAAGACCGUGGCUCGAUUUUGUUCUAGGAGCAAUUUCCUGUUCCACUUCCUUCGCAGCUGCCGCACGCCCCCGAUUGGCCGCUUUCACGCAUUCCCUGCAUCCUCUGACUAUCUCCGUGACCAUCACCGUACCAUCAUACUGGAACUACGGGUGGGGGUGUUUCUGGUAUUUAUCUAAUGCCUCCCCAUCCCAUCCACGAUGCACACGAAAGCCACCAUCGCUCUAAGUACUGUGCUCGGAUUCUGCGUCGUCGCGAUCAUCAUGCUACUUACUGCUCGCUUUCUUUGGCUCCACAGGUCGGCCAAGAAGACUGGCAUCGACCCCGACGACAUCGCUAGCUCGAAGACGAUGAAGUACACCCUACAUCCAAAUACUCCAUUUGAGAUCCCAUCGGCAUCGCCGGAGAGGUCGUUAGUCAGGAUGUUGAUUCCCCGGAUCCAGACUCAGACUCAGAAACAGAAAGAGAAGGGUCGACACGUGCCGAGCCUGUCGGGGAUUCUGAUUGCUGGAGAUGAGGGUGUGUAUACAUCUGCGCUGUUUGAGAGGUUGCAAGAGCGUCCUGGGGAUAUUCAGUUAGGGGCUUUGAUGGAGAGGUUUGCGGAAGAAGCGGCAAAGCGACCGGUGUUAGAGGAAUCGAGAUAUCCCUCUGAAGUUGUAAGGUUUUUGGCGAGCUGUGGACACCGAGUGAGGAGGGGGCUUUCGGUGAAAAGGAAGAGAGAUGCCAGUGUGCGAGCGGAGGUGUCGCAGGUACCACAGCGGAAUUCUGGAGAUGUGGAUAGAGUGGAGAAGGGAUUGGGAUUGGGAUUGGGGAGGGCGUUGUCGAAGAAAUCGACUCCGAUCUUGAUUCCGACAUUCAACGGAUUGCCGUUAUCAGAGGAGUCGGAACCACGAGGCGAGGGUGAAACCGCGGGUUCAUCACCAGCUGCACCUGCAUGGACAAAGCAUAUCCAACAAGUGCAACAUGACUCGGGAAACCCUCGCAUAACAAUUACUAUAACCCCAUCAGAACUCGCCGCACUAUCCGUCACUCUGGGCGCACCUGUCUCUCCGACCACUAAAACCACCGCCACUACCACCACACAAACCCCCCAAGAAACCCCCCAACAGUCAUCCACCACCAAACCUCCAUCUCCAACUUCUUCGGUACGCACUCAAGGCGCCUUCGGUAUCUCCAUCUCAUCUACCCCUCUCGAGAACGGAGGAUACAGCAUCUCCCUACACCAACACAAACGAAGUAUAUCCCAGCUGCCAGCCCGGGGAUCAGGCUACUCCCUCAUCUUUGCGAAACAUUUGGCUGCGAGUGCUCUGCCGUUCUCGCAAGAUGGAGGGAGGGAGGGAGGGAGAGGGAAGGGGGGUGUUAAUUCCAUCGUUGUUACGAAUGAGACGGUUGAAGGGGUUAGAGCGGGAAUAGGAAUGGGGAUGCGGCGCUUGAGGGAGGAAGACCGAAGCGCGAGCGCAAGCGUGAGAUGGAUUGAAAUGAUGCCACAUGCUGUGCCACCAACCCUCCACGUCCUUGUCCCCUCCCCACCCUCUUUCUCCCCCUCACCAUCUCCAACCCUAUCCCUUCACCCGCUCAUCCCUCCCAUCGCCGCUCUCCCAUUCACAGGUGGUCUUGCCCCCCUCUCCUCCACCCCUAUCAUCCAAACUGUCAAAUUCAUUGCAUCUGCCGGUCUACCCACAGGCCGCCUUCUUCAACGACUGGACGCGCUGGUAGAUAAAUUGCACCGACAGGCGCCGAGCCUAAAGCUAUUCGGUCCGUUGUUAGAAGAUGGGAAUGCGGGGGUUUGGUACAGGGAACGACAGAAGGUGGGGAGGAUGGGCGUGGGUAAGAAGGGGGAAAUAGAGGAGGAGGGGUUAGCGGAGAAGGCUGCGCGGAUGAGGAGAUAUGUAACGGUGUUAGAACGGCUGAUGGCUAUUGCGAUCGGACCGGGGAUGACGGCAAAGGAGGUGCUGUCUGCGGCGCAAGAAGCGACGAAACGGGAGAUGGAGAGGGCGUAUGAAAACGCGCUGAAGGCGUACCGGAAUAAUGGGUUUGACCCUACAGCCCCGGCGAUACCAGAAAAGAGCCGGAAGAGGAAUUCGAGUUUGUCGGUGCGGACAAAGGGCUCGACAAGUUCACAUGCGUCUACGCUUGAGUCGCCAACACCAAGAUCCAUACCUGCGCCUAUCUCACCGCCUACAACACCCCCAAGGCAUUCUCUCUCCAUAUCCCUAACCCAGAUUUCCCCCGUGUCCACUCCGCGAAAUCCCAUUACCCCCAACCCAAGUCCCAACCCCAAGUCCCCACGUACAUCAAUGGCCUCCACCUUCUCUACCCCGACCGCGACGCCCAAUCUCGGGAGCCAAGUCGAACAUAUCCUAAAAGCAGAGCUUCCGCUGGAUAUUCCGAGUAUUGCAGUGGUGGCACGAUUGGUGCUGGUUGCUUGGACGCUGAGUGUGGGGGCUGUGGCUUGGGAGAAGGACAAUAAGAGUGGGUCAUUCAAUGUUGGGGGACUUGAGGGGGUAGAGGGAAUAGAGGGGGGAGGGGUAGGAAAGAUAGUUUUAUAUUGAGUCAAGUGAGAUAGCAGGACGGGGCUGGGAGUGAAGUGCGUCUAACAGAACUUCGGAAUGAGCAGCUCGGGCUGGGAGAUUUUGGGUAUUGGUGAAUAAUGGGACAGGAUUCAAGCCGCAAUUGAAGGUCGAUUUGCUUUCAGCGUUGGCGUCAUGGGACAUGCCAUGGAGGCAGACAUAGAGAGAUACCAUUGCUGCUAGUACUGGAGAUAUCACGAUAGACAGACGAUUACCAAAUCGAAUUUAACUUUAAUAUCAACA